CGUAUGUACAUGCAUCCUAUAUACCUGCAUAGCUUUUGUACAUACUAUUAUUGACGUAUAGAUACUCACCCACAAGCUGUAUGCUGUGCAGUAUUCGAAGCAACAGAUCCUCAUCGAGAUUAAAACAUAUCGCAAAGUAACAACAGGCUCAUAGCAUUGUAAACCACACGUUCGACCGGUUCAUGUGUCGGCAGAUGCAGAUACGUUUGCUAAGAUUUGAAAUAUCAAGAGUAUGAGCGAUCAUCACAGGGACUCGUCCGACAAGGCAUCAUACGAUAGAAGGAGCUCGAUGACUUAUGAGAGAAACCCACUCACACCCAUACCCACACCCACACGUACACCCACACCCACGCUAAAGCUCACGCACGCGCUAUUCAGACGAUCCGAUUUCGAUGGGUCGGGAGACAGUGAGAGCGGAGGUAAGAUCAGAGGACAGGCGCCGUCCAACAGAGCACGCGAUAGUUUUUCCCGCGACAACCGAGGUCCACAGCAUGGGGGAGGCGGUGGUUACUAUGGCAACAACCAGACUGGGUUCCAUCGAGGGUUUGCACCCGUAAUCCCCAUGGGUGGCCCUCGCGGGGGUAAGUUUGUGGGCCCAUAUGGACCCAUGCAUGCUCCCGUGGGAGGUGCGUAUAACAGGCAGAUUUCCGCGUCACACCAGAGACAGUUCCCGCCGUCUCAUGGGUUUGCUCCCCAUCAUCAACGCGCUCACCACCCCAUGGCACACUACGGCCACCAACAACACUCCCGAAACCAGAACAACAAGGAUGCAGACAACGGCGGGCCAUUGCAGAGUCGCCAGUCAGGCGACGGCCUAGGCAACAUGCGCGACGGACAGAGGGAUACAGGGUUUGGUGGAGACCGCCGAGAUUCGAAUAUGAACUCCGAAAGCCGGGAUGGUUUCCAUGGCAACAACAGUGAAGGUAAAGGUAGUGGCGGUACAAACAACCCGGGGUCGAGUCCAGGCAAGGGGGCACACAGUGGUAGUAAUAAUAACGGUGGUGCGGCGGGAGGUAGUGAUAAGAAAGACGGCGGGGGUGGUUCCGGGGGGACUGGGUCGGCGAGUGGGUAUGGAUUAGACAGGCGAGACAGUGCGCCUUAUGCGAGUGCCAAGGAUAGCUCCGGUACUAGUGGGACGGGCAAAGGCACGGGCGGGGCCUUGGACCGCAGGGAUACGUACGGUGGGAUGAGUGGGGCGAUGGACAGGCGGGAGCUAUUCAGCAGCAACAGCACGGGAAAUAAUGGGCCUAUGAUGGAUAGCAAUAGCAGCACUAGUAGUAUGAACAUGCACGGGGGGGUGAAUCAGGCGGAUCACCAGGCGCAAGACGCACUUACGACGCAGCAACAAAUGCAACAGCAACAGCACCAGCACCAAAAUCCCGGGGCAGGUGUAUACGGCGGUCCUAUGAAUUCGGGGCAAGGUGCAAUGGGCCGACAACAGUCACAGCACAGCCGGGGUAUGGGGAUGGUCCGGGGCGGAGUAGGUAUGGGAGUAGGAUCUAUAAAUAGCUACAAUGCCAUGGGUGGAGAUCCGUCAAUGCAACAGCUACAGUACACCAACUCACAGCCCAAUAUAACGGGGCCGGGAGGUGCAAUGCCCAAUUCCCACCUGAUGGGUGCACAUCGUGGCCAGCAACCGUUGGUCUAUCAGACCUCUGGGCCUAUGCGCGGCUCAGUGCAUGACUCACCCAACCGAAACGGCAUGGCUGGAAUGGGCCGAGGCCCCGGUGGCAAGCGACCGUCCCAGGGACCAGGGCAAGGCACUACCCCCGCCAUGAUCGCUCAAGAGCAGCAGAGGUUACGGCUGGAGGAAGAGAUCCAGGCCAGCGGAGCAGCCGACCACUUGGCCGACUGGGGUACCGAAGAGCUGGAGAAGAAGAGUGAGGAGUGCCGUAUGCAGUACAGACAAACGUUUACCAAGGAACGGGAAUUAACGGGCAAACUACAUAAGGCAUCAGAGAAUUACUACGCCGCGCGGCUGGUAUCGGAUUGCUGUGAUAUGUAA